AUGUCCAAAGUGCCCGCUGGAAGACUGCGGCAACCUGCGUCGAACGUUAUAAGCGAACAACCACACGCAUUGGUCGAUAGUUUAUCGACGAUAGCACCGUCUCUUGGAAGUUUAUCGGCCCUAAAGCUUGGUGGUUCUUCGGCACCGGCACCCGCAGGGAUUGAUAUACCAUUUGCUGGACGCGGUUUGGAUACGCUCACUUCCAAUCAGUAUGGGCAGCUCGGUGUCAGUGCCGUCACCGAAGGCGUUUUCACGAACGAUGGUCACUUUAAUAAGGCGCUCAGUGAGGCGGUGACCGAGAGCGCUGGCCACCUCGUGUCGGAUAUGAUCGGCGAGGAAACGGUGACAAAAAUGGAGCAACGAUACGCGAAGGCGGUGGAUAAAAUCACCGAUGUCGAGAUGUCGGCGGGACAGAUAGCGAUGGCCGGUCGAUCGCUGGCCUAUCUGGAUGGGGAUGAAGCGACCGAUAUACCGGACGCAGGUGAAAUGCCGGAUGCCUUUUCCACGGAGUUGCUCGAACCGGAAGCGGAUGCGGUAGCGACGGACCUGUACGAACUGGAUGCCGAACAGCUGGGGCAGAUAGCAGUGACUGCGGGAUAUAUACCACAGAUGGAGGUACCCGAUGGAGCUGCUGAUGCUGCUGAGGCGGAUGGGUGCUGCGGUUGCUGUGGAGACGACGCCGGCGGUGAUGAUGAUCUGUGCGGCUGUGGAGAGAUGUGCGUCAUGUGCGGCUGUGGUGGUUGCUGUGACUGUGGCGAUUGUUUCGGGUGCGGCGAUUGCAUCGGCUGCGGUGACUGUCCGAGUUGCUGUUCGUUCGAUUGCUCCAUAAUGUGA